AUUAAAUAGCCAGGGGUAAAUGUGUAAAUGAGGACUUGCUUGAGGUUGAUGAUAUACCACCACAUAGCGGCGCAUUAUUAUAUAGAUAAGGAGGGGAAAAACCAGCUUUUUGGAGAAGAAACCAAAGAAAUAAACAUUCGAAACCCUAAAACUCCCAUUAGAAUUCGACAUUAAAGUAUCCGCCAUGACAAAGAAGAGAAAGCUCGAAGGAGAAUCUAACGAAGCGGAAGAACCGUCGCAGAAGCUGAAGCAGACGCCGGAGGAGGAGCAGCAACAGCUCGUUAUUAAAACUCAAGCAGACGUCGAAGAAGUUGAAUACGAGGAAGUAGAGGAAGAGCAAGAAGAAGAAGUAGAAGAUGAUGACGAAGACGACGAUGACGAUGGCGAUGAGAAUCAGGCGGCUGGUAAUCGUAUUGAGGCGGCGGCGACGUCUGGAUCUGGGAAUCAAGGGGAUGUAAAUGAUGAUGAUGACGAUGAGCCAAUUCAGGAUCUGUUGGAACCGUUUUCAAAGGAACAACUUUUGAGUCUUCUUAAAGAAGCAGCAGAGAAGCAUCCUGAUGUAGCCAAUCGAAUCCGGGAAGUAGCUGAUGAGGACCCUGUUCAUCGGAAGAUCUUCGUGCACGGUCUUGGUUGGGAUACCAAAACAGAGACGCUUAUUGAAGCUUUUAAGCAGUACGGAGAGAUCGAAGAUUGCAAGGCUGUGUUUGAUAAGAUCUCAGGGAAAUCUAAAGGUUAUGGCUUUAUUUUGUACAAGUCUCGGUCAGGUGCUCGCAAUGCACUUAAGCAGCCUCAGAAGAAGAUUGGUAGUCGUAUGACGGCAUGUCAGUUGGCUUCUAAAGGACCUGUCUUUGGUGGAGCUUCUAUCGCUGCUGCAGCUGUCUCGGCGCCUGCUCAGCAUUCGAAUUCAGAGCACACGCAGAAAAAGAUUUAUGUUAGUAAUGUUGGAGCAGAGCUUGAUCCACAGAAGUUGCUGGGGUUCUUCUCAAAGUUUGGAGAGAUUGAAGAAGGUCCUUUGGGUCUUGAUAAGUUUACUGGGAGACCUAAAGGUUUCUGUCUCUUUGUUUAUAAGUCUGCUGAAAGCGCCAAGAGGGCUUUGGAGGAGCCACACAAGACUUUUGAAGGUCAUAUCUUGCAUUGCCAGAAAGCUAUCGAUGGUCCCAAACCGGGCAAGCAGCAGCAUCACCAUAACCCACAUGCCCACAACAAUCCUCGUUACCAAAGGAAUGAUAACAAUGGUUAUGGUCCGCCUGGAGGUCAUGGACAUCUCAUGGCUGGUAACCCAGCUGGAAUGGGUGGUCCAGCGGCUCAGGCGUUAAACCCGGCCAUUGGACAAGCCUUGACAGCUAUACUGGCAUCUCAGGGAGCUGGUUUGGCUUUUAAUCCGGCAAUUGGACAGGCUUUGUUGGGUUCCUUGGGGACAGCGACAGGCGUAAACCCGAAUGGAGUUGGAAUGCCAACUGGUUAUGGUACUCAAGCUAUGGCACCGGGGACAAUGCCUGGGUACGGUACACAACCUGGGUUGCAAGGUGGUUAUCAGACUCCGCAACCUGGUCAAGGCAGUACAAGCAGAGGGCAACAUGGUGUCGGGCCAUACGGUGCUCCCUACAUGGGCCACUAAAUGUAUCAUGUAUCCACUCAGAUAUCAGAAAUCAGUGUUUUUAUAUUGGCCUGGUGAUUCUUCUCAAGUUUAAAAGGAGCUGAUGCAAAAUGAAGUCUUUAUGAAAUGUUACUAUUUGGUCGCUCCUAAGGCCAAACUCAUAAAAACCUUUUAAGGAGUUUUAGUUUUCAUCUACUUGUUUUUUACCCAAACUCUCUUUAUGAUAUUCCUAAAAAACUUUGUACUACUAUUUUCAGUGUUUAUGUCUCUAUUUUUUCAGUUUUCUGAACAUCCCCCUUAGACUUUCAUUUGUAAAACUAAAAACGCAACUACGCUCCAUAUGGGUCUUUGCUUAUCGAACUCUAGUUUUUCCAGAUAUUCUUAAAUAGUUUUUAUAGACUUCUGUUUUAUGAUUUCAUGUGUUUUUCUGCCUGCAGUGUAUUUUGUAUCAAGUUAUCUUUGAUUAACCUGGCUUUAUGUACUAUCCUGAUUUUAUGUUUGUUCAAUCCUUAUUCCUCUUGCAGGUAAUGUGACUACCGGUUGAACAGCCAAAUUGUGAACCCCUAAGACCCUAACUCACAAUGAAAUUUCUUUAGCACACAUACUAAUCUCAGUUCAGUUGGUUUCUAAAAAGAUAAAAACUUAUAGUUUUAAAACGUAGCAAGAGCUUUCACUUGUGUUUUUGGUUUUUCUUUGACAAGUUUCAAAAGUUUUCACAUGACUGUUUCAAGUUAGAACUUUGUUUGCAACAAAAUUACUAAGUUGUAGCCAACUUGAAACAGUCAAACUUGGCGGAAGUGGUGCAAGCUCCUCAAGGACACAGCUGAAGAAUGAUAUGUUUUGAAGAGAGUUUCUCGACAACAGGUGAAGUUGUUGGUUUCUUACAGUUAAGUCUUUGGAUCUCCACAACAUGCUUCCAGCUAAAAGGUAAGUUCUUUGGCUAUAUACAACGUGCUUUGCAGUUGAAGGGUAAGUAAUCAAAAGUGUUUGAAGUAUAUCUCUAAGCACGAAUCUCUUGCCUAUAUAUGUUCUUGUUAAUUGGUCAUAUCCCCUCUUUGAAGUGUUAAAAGUUGAUUUUGGUCUAAAAAGCAUGUACCUUCAAGUCCUUGUGCACAAGGUUCAGGGAUUAACAGAAAGUCACAAGAGUAUUAAGUGAUAGAUUGUUCCCCUUGAUGUUUUCGAGGAGUUUAGAGAGGCGUGAGUGCAUGAAGUUUGUUGGUGAAUGGUGAUGAUUACUUUGAUGGUGGAGUCUUCUUUUGGAAAAGUGCAGCUUUAACUUUAAGGUUAGCUAUGAUGAUAUAUAGUUGAAAGAAGCAGGAGCUGAAGUGGAAGUGGGAAGUAAGUAGUAGAGUUUUGUGUCUUUGAUCUCAAUUCUCAAUCUCUCAAUUGUUAUGUCAAGUUUCGAAAAGGAGAAAAAUGUAGUUCACUGAUGAAGAAAAAUCCAAGUGCAGUAUUCUCCAAA